AUCAUGGAGUCAGUCUGGGAUUACAUGACGAGACAGAAGACACUGAGACAGACUAAAUCCACACAACUGAGGCAAGUUCUCCAACAACCCUCCUGCCAAGUACUUUUAAAAACUGUGCACAGGUGUACCCAGGAGGGAUUGUGCUGUUUUAAAGGGGGGCGACGUUUCAGACCAAUGACGGUCCUUCACCCGGAAACACAGUCGCAAAGGGUCAUCUGGCAUCGCGCUUCCAACAUGGCUGUCAACCUCACAGACCUCUCCCUGUCUCAGUUAGAGGGACUGAAAACCCAACUGGACCAGGAGAUUGAGUUCCUGACAUCUUCAAUAGGACAGCUCAAAGUGGUCCAGACCAAGUAUGUUGAAGCAAAAGAUAGUUUGAAUGUUCUGAACAAAAACAAUAAAGGAAAAGAAUUGCUCGUGCCUCUCACCAGUUCUAUGUACGUCCCUGGAACAUUAAAUGACGUGGAACAUGUUUUAGUGGAUGUUGGGACAGGAUAUUAUGUUGAAAAGAACGUGGAUGACUCAAAGGCAUUCUUCAAGCGCAAAAUCGACUUCCUCACAAAGCAGAUAGAGAAAAUUCAGCCAGCCCUUCAGGAAAAACAUGCCAUGAAACAAGCUGUGAUUGAAGUAAUGAACGCAAAGAUCCAGCAACUACAACAGAGCCAACAGACAUCGCAGAUGGUUGCGACCACCAAGGCUUAAUGAGAACACCUGCUCUUCAUGAUUUGGGGGAAUUUUUGUUUGUGUGCUGGGAAAAAAAAGGAAAUGACAAUAAAAUGCCCUUCAUUAACCUGAUGAAAUCAUGCUAACUACUGAAGAAUAAAAAAAAAAUACAUGUUUUUUUUCUAUCUGAAAGUAAGUGCAUUAACCUGGUCACCAGUUAAGUAGGUUACUGUCAUGGUAAAGCAAUCAUCUGUACUUGGUCAAUUUUAAAUUAAUUUAAUUGGGUUUUCUUAAUUAAAACAAUCACUGUGCAUUCAGGAACAUUAAAGAUUUUUUUCAUUG